CAAGAUGGAGUCGGCGGCGACAAUCCCCGCAACGGAAGCGGCGGCUAGUUCGUCGGCUACCGAUCGACGGCUAGAGCAAUUGCCCAUUCAAUGGGAAGGUUACUUGAGGAAACGAGGGGACUGGCUGCCGCGAUGGGACUACUACCUGGUUGUUCUGGACGGACUCCGCGUGAGCUACUACGACCGGCUCGACGGCCCGCCGGCCAAACCGCACGCGCCUUCGCUUCUCGUCGCGAACCACACGACUUCGUCUCACCCAUCUUCAUUGCCCAACAAGGUACGAGGUAGCGGCAGCAUCGCCAAGCCGCGUGGGGUGUACACGAUCCAGAGCUUCCACCAGGACACGGAACAAGCCAAGGUGUUCAAGUUCAGCCUCACGAUGGUGGAGAAGCAGCGCGUGAUGCAUUUCCAAGUCGAUUCGAGUCUCGAGUUGGUCUUGUGGAAGCAAAUGAUCAAGGCGGCUGUGGACCAAGAUGUGGUUCGUCGCAACUGUCACAAACCCACCACCGAGAGCCCAUCGCCAGCUCUAAACGACUCACCACUGCCACCGUAUGCCGUGGACCUGGCUGCGCUGUACGAUGCCUACGGGGACGUGUGUCGUCAAGUGGGCAACUUUGCGAUGCUCCUCCCCUGCCUCCACCCGAACGUCGUCGUCACGUCCAACUACCCGCCAUGCGUCCCCAUGUCGGGAACGUUCCAUGGCCUCGGGUGGCACACGGGGUUUCUCAAGUACAUGACGACGCUGCACGACGCAGUGGACAUGAGCCACUUCCGGGUCACGUCCAUGGCCCGGGAAGGCGACCUCGCCGUCGUGUCGGGCAAAGAAACGCUCGUGAACAAAGCCAACAAGCGGCGGUUCCGCCAGGUGUGGCGCCAUGAGCUCCGGUUUGAAGUCGACGGUCGUGUGAGCCACAUCAACAUCAUGGGCGACUCGGUGGCAUCCUCGGUGGCCUUUUCGAGCGGCGCCACCGGUCCGGCGCUGCUGGCCAUCAAGGACAAGUCGGCGGCGGCGGUCCCCACGAGCGUCUCGUCUCCACCGGGGGAGCUCCGGGUCGUAUGUGUGUCCGCCGAGGGGCUCAAGGCGAAGAAGACUGCCGCCCCCACCGUCAAGUUUGCGCUCACUGGGUUUCCGCACUUGAUGGUCAAAGGCGGCGCCGACAAGCAGCAGCAGCAGCAGCCGCUGGCGUUCCAACCUACGGUUUACAGCACCCGUCUUCCUGCUACAAUCGUGCCACUCAAGGAUAGACAGGGUCAUGCAACAGCGUAUGCCGUCUACUGGGCCGAAACGGUGGACUUGAACUUUUCAGGCGCGGUGCCCGGCACGGUGUCACAUUUGUUUGUCGAAGUGUGGGUGGAUGGGUUCUUGGGCGACGAACUGGUGGGGGUCACGCGCAUCAACUUGGCGUCGGUGCUAGCGUUGUCACAUGACGCCACGUCCGACGAAGAGCUCGCUCUGGGACAGAUUCCCCAGUGGUAUGACCUCGUCAAGCCCGAAGUGUACUCCAAGGCGGAAAAUCCCAAGACCGCCACCACAGUCGGCCGUCUCCAGCUGAGCUUGGCGUUUUUCUCACGAGAAGACAGUGUCGCAGAUGUGGUGGCCUCGCCGAGUCGCGGCCCCCGCAAGAGUCUGGACCGCCUCGCGCAGCUGCAUCUUGUCGCCACGUCAUCGUCAUCGUUGAAAGCGCGUUCGUCCAGCAGCAACUUGAUGGACCCUCGCCGCCUUUCGUCGUCGGACGAGAUGGACCUGCACGCCAUGCACAACUUCACCGUGUCAGGCACCAAGUUUCGAAUCUACUCGCGGUACCAACUCAUCCGGGCCAUUGGCCACGGCGCGUACGGCGUCGUGAUCGCCGCCAGUGACCAAGUGACGGGCAACGCCGUGGCCAUCAAGAACAUCCCCAAAACGUUCGACGACCUCGUCGAUGCCAAGCGCAUCGUGCGCGAGAUUCGGCUCAUGCGGCACUUGACCCACCCGAAUAUCGUGCACGUGCUCGACGUGAUGCGGCCGCCGUCGCUCGCCAAGUUUGAAGAUACGUACAUCGUCACAGAUUUGAUGGAAACGGACCUCCAUCGCGUUGUCCAGUCCCCCGAACCAUUGGAAUGCGACCACAUUGCGUACAUGACGUACCAACUGCUCGCGGCCGUUCGGUACAUGCACUCGGCCAACGUCCUCCAUCGAGAUAUCAAACCGUCCAACGUCCUCGUGAACCGCGACUGCCUCGUUAAAGUGUGCGAUUUUGGCCUCGCCCGAGGGAUUUCGUCGUCGUCGUCUGUCAACGCAUCGACGCCGAGUAGUAGUACUAGUAGUACUAGUAGUAGUACGCACGGCGAGCUGCUCGACGUGACCCCCGACGCCGCCCUCACCGAAUAUGUCGUCACACGAUGGUACCGCGCGCCAGAACUCCUCUUGAGCUCCAAGUACUCGUACCCCGUCGACACGUGGAGCGUCGGGUGCAUUGUCGCAGAAAUGUUCAACCGUACCGCGCUGUUUCCUGGCCACGACCAUGUCCACCAGCUGCAGCUCGUCACGUCCGUCCUCGGGUCUCCGUCGGUGGCAGACCUUGGCUUUGUCACCAACGAAAAGGCCAAGCGGUGGCUAUCCAAGCAGGCGACCCAGGUGCCGCGCCCGUGGACAUCGGUCGUGCCGUCCGCCCCGCCCGACGCGAUCGAUCUGCUGCAAAACCUGCUCAAGUUUGAUCCCCGCCAACGGAUCAGUAUCGACGACGCGCUUCGGCAUCCAUUUGUGGCGCCCUACAUGGACGACGACGCCGAAGUGCUGGCACCGAUGCCGUUUGACUUUUCAUUUGAGCAGCUGGACCCGCUCGACAAACCUGCCCUCCAGCGCCUCAUCUUUCAAGACGUGUGCCAUUUUCACCCCGAUGCCCUCGACGAAUUGACGGCAGCUACUAGUACUACUAGCACGACGUCAUAAUAUCACACGAGUCAAAUGUACGUGAUGAGGACGGGG